GUUGGACUGGGUGUUCCUCGGGGAGAAACUACAGCUUUGAGUGAAAGGUUAAAACACACUUUCUCCCAAAGGCUGACUCUGCAGAUUUCAGGAGGAGGAGCUUCAGGAGUGUGUGUGAGGAGUUUAUGAGUGUGUGAGGAGUCAGAUGGAUUCAGUGUGUGUGAGGAGGAGGAUGAUGAUGAAGCUGCUGCUGCUCUCUGUGCUGCUGAUGGAGACCUCUGCUGCUCUACAGAACCUGUGUUCUAACUCGACGGUUCUGCGGACCCGGACCUCGUGUCAUUCCUGUGGCAUCAGCAUCUUCAUGUCCUGCCCCCCCGGCUUCAAGAAGACCCCCGGGUCCAGCAAACAGGACUGCACGUACUCUGUGAGGACGUCCUCCCUGACCCUCAGAGGCUGCUCCUUAGAGUGCUACAGGGAGGCCCAGAUCAAGACCUGCUGCCCCGGGUUCUGGGGGCCCGACUGCCAGGAGUGUCCGGAGGGGGCCGACAGACCCUGCAGUCUGAGUGGGAUCUGCUCCGACGGGAUGGGGGGCAACGGCACCUGCACCUGUCAGCCGGGGUUUGCAGGGACAGCGUGUGAGGACUGCUCGCCGGGACGCUUCGGGUCCACCUGCAGCUCAGUAUGUUCCUGUGUGCACGGUGUAUGUGACUCUGGUCUGACAGGUGACGGUCGCUGCACCUGUUUCUCCGGAUACAAAGGGCCCAGCUGUGAUCAAGAGCUCCCUGAGUGUGCGUCUCUGCGCUGUCCUCUGAACUCGCGCUGUAUGGAGGAGGCUCUGACCGGUCAGUUGGUGUGUCAGUGCUUACCUGGAUACCAAAAGUCCGGAGACACCUGUCUGUCUAUAAACCCGUGCCGGCAACAGUUGUGUCACCUGCAGGCAUCCUGCAUCCACACCGGGCCGAACCAGCACCUGUGCGCCUGUAACGAGGGCUACAGCGGAGACGGACGAGUCUGCAUGGCUGUAGACCCGUGUCAGAGGAACCAGGGGGGGUGCAGCGCCGAGACAACAAGCUGUGUCUACGACGGCCCGGGGAAGUCUCACUGCGAGUGUCUCCCGGGGUUUGCCCUCCUGAGGGGCGGCGGCUGCAGCCUGAAGGACGCCUGCAGACCGGACUCCUGUCACAAGGACGCCACCUGCCAAACCGCGGAGCUGGGACAGGUCCAGUGCAUCUGUAAUCAGGGGUUUGUGGGUAACGGGAAAGUGUGUUACGGGAACAUCAUGCAGCGCCUGAGCGACCUGAACUCGGAGCCGGGGGGGCAGUGGAGGGGCCAGCUGAGCAACGCUAUCUCCCUGCUGGGGUCUCUCUCCUGGUCCCUGCAGACCCUGGGUCCAUUCACCCUGUUUGUCCCGAUCAAUAAAGGCUUCAGGGGGGUUUCAAUACGGACUCUGACAGCAGACCGGGCUAAGGCUCAGUACCUGAGUAAGAUGCACCUUGUGGCCGGAGUCCUGCCCUUCGACUCACUGAAGAAAACCGAUGUCUUCUACACUGUGACAGGAAAAAUGGGGGAGAUGGACACCAGCGAGGGGGACCUGCAGACCAAGAUCCAUCUCCACGGCAGCAGGAAGAAGGCGGUGAUCCUGCAGUUCGACGUGGUGGCGUCUAAUGGGAUGAUCCACGUCAUCAACAAGCUGAUGGACAGCGUGGCGCCAACUGUGGAGAGCAACCCCCAGGAGAACCUCAUGAAGAUCAUCUCUGACUACGGGAAGUUUGGCACGUUCAAGUCCCUGUUAGAGAAAGUAUCUCUGGCCUCGGUUCUGGACCAGCCUGGUCCAAUGACCAUCUUUGCCCCAAGCAGCGCUGCCUUCAGCGCCAUGCCGGAGGGUCAGCUGGACUUCCUGAGCAGCGCAAAGGGUCAGAGGAAGCUGCUGGAGCUGAUGAGGAACCAUAUUGUAUGGUCCACUGGCCUGGACGUGUUUAAUGCUGUCUCUGGCCCGCUCAUUGCCUCCAUGGCCAGCCAGGUUCUCGCCAUCAACGUCACAGAGAACGGUCAGAUCCUGGUGGGUGGGGCCGCAGUGCUGGAGGCGGCGGUGGAGGCUAAAAAUGGCUGCCUGUACGUCCUGGACGGGGUUCUGAUGCCGGCUUCCAUCUGGCCCGUCCUGCCCCACCGCUGUGACCUCAACGAGACCCAGGUCACCAUGGGAGAGUGUGGGCCCUGCUCUACAGUGCAUCUUCAGAGUCGGUGUAAGGCUGGAUCUAACACGGGAACUGGAAGCGUUUGCGUCUACUCUCUGAACUUCGCCGGAUCGCUGAGUAGCGUCGCCGUCAAAGGCUGCAGUCCAUUCUGCAGAACCAACGUCACCACUCCGGCAUGUUGCAAAGGGUUCUACGGUCCGGAUUGCACUUCCUGUCCCGGAGGAUACCAGACGCCCUGCUCCGGACACGGCCAGUGUCUGGAGGGGAUCUCAGGAAACGGGUCUUGUCUCUGCGAUCAGAACCUGGCGGGCUCUCGCUGUCAGUACUGCUUGUCAUCCAGCAGGUUCGGACCCAACUGUGACAGAACUUGUCCCUGUGUCCACGGGCAGUGUGAGAACCUUCCGGACUCAGACGGCCGCUGUAAACCGGACUCCUGUCAGCCGGGUUUCACAGGCAGGUUCUGCGAGCGGCAGACGGCGCCGUGUGGCCUUCAGGUUCACUUCUGUCAUGCUCACGCAGACUGCGACUUCCACCAGGGGACACUCAGGUGUGUUUGUAAACCUGGUUACCAAGGUGAUGGGAUCACCUGUGGGGAGGCGGACCCGUGUGCCCCCCCCCUCCGUGGAGGCUGCAGCAUCAACGCUAAGUGUGUGCGCAGCAGCCCCGGAGCUCACAGCUGUCAGUGUCUGAGCGGCUGGAGGCCGGACGGAGAUGACUGUCAGCCAGUCAACAACUGUGAGGCGGUUGACGGGGGGGGCUGCCACCCCAAUGCCUCCUGCAUCUAUGUGGGACCUGGACAGAGCGACUGCAGCUGUAAGACUGGCUACAGAGGGAGUGGCAGGGAGUGUGAGGCGGUGAACCUGUGCGUGUCCCAGGGGGGGGGCUGCCACCACCUGGCGACCUGCCGGCUGCUGUCCUCUCAGUGGACAUGUGUCUGUGAUGAUGGGUACUCCGGAGACGGACAUGUGUGUUACGGCACCGUCAGCCAGGCGCUGACGAAUCUGCCGGACGUUUCUGAGUUCUCUACCUGGACCACUGACUCUGGUGUAUCCUGGUCUCUGUCUGAUCAGAACCUCACCCUCCUGGUCCCAUCUUCAGCCGCCGUCUCUAAGAUGUCCUCAGAGGACAGAACCUUCUGGACCCUGAAGGGAAACCUGCCGAGCCUCCUCAGGAAUCACAUGAUCCGGGGAAACUUCCCGUUAUCCAGCCUGAGCAGCACUUCCUCUUUGACCUCCCUCCUCAACACAUCACUUCCUGUUUCAUCCACCAAUAAGAUGCAGUAUUCUGUGGGAGGAGCAGCCAUCACCACAGCAGACAUUGCUGCCACAAACGGACUGAUCCACGUCAUCGACCAGGUCCUGGUUCCCGACAGGAAGCUGAGUGAAGGUCUGCUGGCGACCCUGGCUCUGCGUCCGGAGUUCUCUCUCUUCAGAUCGUACCUCAUCGACUACAACCUGACGGAGGAGAUCGAGCAGGCGGACGAGUUCACCAUCUUCGCUCCGACCAAUGCCGCCGUCAAUGAUUACCUCAGCAGGAUGGCCCCCCCCGCUCUGGAUGUGAAUACGACCCGGUACCACGUGGUUCUGUCGGAGCGUCUGCUGAGGACCGACCUGCAGCCCGGAGGAUUCAGAGCCUCCAUGCUGGGGGGGAACUUCCAGCUGCGCUUCAACCCCCGCGACGGGAAGCUGUUUGUGAACGAGGCUCAGUUGAACUCCUCGAACCUGCUGAGCGGUAACGGGGUGAUUCACGGCGUGUCGGCCGUGCUGAUCGUCAACAAGAACCGCUGCGAUGACGCCACCUUCGCCAAAGUCUCCGGGGACUGUGUGGACUGUCUGUUCCCUCAGGGGAAGAUCUGCCCCAACACCACGGUCCCAGACCCCUCGGUGCGCAGCAGGAAGUGCAUGUUCACCCGCAUGUUCGAAAACGAGCGUCUGCUGACCAUCGGCUGCAGAGCCACCUGCCUGCAGGAGACCAGGGUGCGGCGCUGCUGCACCGGGUUCUUCGGGCUGCACUGUGAGUCCUGUCCGGGUCCGGCUGGCUGGCCCUGCUUCGGGAACGGGUUCUGUUCGGACGGAGCGAGGGGCGCCGGGGACUGCAGCUGCAACCCGGGCUUCAGCGGCACCGCCUGCGAGAGCUGUGGCGACGGGAAGUACGGCGUACACUGCGACCAGGGUGUGUGUGUGUGUUUAGAGUGUGUGUGUGUGCAUGGCCGCUGUGCUGAGGGUCUGCAGGGAGACGGCAGCUGUGAGUGUGACGUCGGCUGGAGAGGAGUCCUCUGUGACCAGAAGAUUGAGUCCUCAGCGGAUGGUCUGUGUGGAGCCCUGAAGUGUCACACCAGCGCAAACUGUGUGAUCCGCUCCUCAUCCCCCCAGUGUCUCUGCGCCGUCGGCUUCGAGGGUAAUGGGACUACCUGUAAAGCCACAGAUGUGUGUGUGCAAGAUAACGGGGGCUGCAGUGUGUUUGCGGUGUGUAAGCGCACGCUGCCGGGCCGCAGGGAGUGUGUGUGCAGAGCGGGAUACACCGGAGACGGACUCGUGUGUCUCGGUAAAUACAAAAUAAACCCGUGCCUGCAGGGAAACGGAGGCUGUCACUCCGACGCAGAGUGUAUUCACGUCGGGCCCAACAAGUCUUCCUGUGCCUGCAGUGAAGGCUACUCAGGAGACGGACAGACCUGUGAGAUGAUCAACCUGUGCAGAAAGAGGAAUGGCGGGUGCCAUCAUUCGGCUCUCUGCAACAUGACGGGCCCAGGGGUCCGGAGCUGCUCCUGCCACAGCAACUUCCUGGGGGACGGGAUCAGCUGCAGGGGCACGGUGGCGCGGGAGCUGCUGGCCAGGAAGCUGAGAGACUUCUACCUGAGCCUGAUGGUGACGGACAUCCCUCUGAAGGGCCGCGGACCGUUCACCGUGUUCGCUCCCAACCAGGAGGCGUACGCCGCGCUGCGAGCUGCCGGACAUAAGAAGCGUGCAACCAUGGGGCCGGCGCACCGCGAGCUGUUAGCCUCGUUGCUGCGCAGCCACAUCGUGAUGUGUCACACGCUGCUGCCUGCCGACCUCGCCCGACCCCGAAACCUCACCUCGCUCUCCGGAACCGUGCUGACCACCCGGAGCCAGGAGGGUAGCAUCUUCAUCAACGAUGCUAACGUGACGCACAGUAACGGUGUCAGCGUGAACGGGAUCUUCCACGAGAUCAGCAAAUUCCUGGUGUCUCCUGUCCUGGACCAGAAUCUACCCGUCGUUCCGGUGAACCUGACGGACGUGGCCGAGCGUCACGGUUAUAACACCUUCUACAAACUGCUGCAGGACGCCGGGGUGAUGAACCUGCUGCAGGAUCCUGUCUUUCAGCCGGUGACGGUCUUCUUACCUUCAGACAACGUCAUGGCCGACCUGCCGAAGGAGCAGAGGGACUUCCUGUUUCACCCAGACAACCGGGCCCAGCUGACCGAGUACCUGAAGUACCACGUCCUGCAGGGCCAGAAAGUGUAUGCAGAGGCUCUGAUCCACCAGGAGGGGGUCCGGACUCUCCAGGGUUCCCUGCUCUCCUUCAACUGUGGGGGGUCAGAUGCCAUCGGGGAUAUCUUCGUGAAUGACGGGAAGUGUCGCAUCGCUCAGAGACACCUGGUGUUUAACGGUGGGAUGGCAUACGGGAUCGACUGCCUGCUGACGCCGCCGAGUCUUGGGGGUCGUUGCGACACGCAAACCACCUUCGACCUGAAGCUGAGCUGUGGACUGUGCACCUCCAGCGCUCUCCGCUGUCCCGACGGGUCCAAACAAAAGGAGAUGCAGAAAUGCGAUCUUCCCUCUGUGUUCAUCUCUAAGAACUCGGGAUGUCGCAGCGUUUGUACCGUCCACUUCUGGCAGGACAAGUGUUGCAGUGGUUACCACGGACGCGACUGUCUGGUGUGUCCCGGGGGGGUUGGCGCCCCCUGCAGUAACCACGGUAAAUGCGACGACGGUCACCUUGGUAACGGCACCUGUACAUGUGACCCGGGCUUUGGGGGCGUGGCCUGCGAGCUGUGCAACGCAGGGUUCUUUGGUGCGAGCUGCCGAGCCUGCAACUGCUCCCCUCACGGCUCUUGUGAGGACGGACUCAAAGGAUCUGGGGCGUGCUUCUGCGAGGAGGGUUGGACCGGACCAAAAUGUGACACCGAGCUUGAUGGAGGAGUUCAGUGCACCCCCCACUGCUCCCCUAAGGCUAUCUGCCAGCAGAACAACACCUGCGUCUGUCGGCCGUUUUACCAGGGAGACGGGUUCACCUGCACAGCCGUGGACCUGUGUAACACCUGGAACGGCGGCUGCUUCAGGGGCGCUCAGUGUUCUCAGCGUGGAGAGCAGGUGAGCUGCACCUGUCCUAAAGGUCACUCCGGAGACGGCUUCACCUGCACACCUGUGGACCCCUGCAGCUCCGGGGACAAUGGGGGCUGUAGCGAGCACGCCGACUGCAGCAUGACGGCGCCGAGGAAGGCGAAAUGCACCUGUAAGGAUCAGUACAUUGGAGACGGUCUCACCUGUGAUCUGAAGCAGGCACCGCUCAGCCGCUGUCUCCAGGACAACGGGCGCUGCCACCAGGACGCCAAUUGCACCGACCUGCACCACGAGGACUCUAAGCUGGGUGUGUUUCAUGUGCGCUCGGACAGCGGUCAGUACCGACUGAACUUCAGCUCGGCUCAGGUGGCCUGCGCUGCAGAGGGAGGAAACCUGGCGACAUACAACCAGCUAUCCUACGCUCAGCAGGGUGGGCUGAAUAUGUGUUCUGCCGGCUGGUUGGACCAGGCCCGGGUCGGUUACCCAACCACCUUCCCCAACCCCAGCUGUGGCUUCGGACACGUCGGCAUCGUGGACUACGGUAUCCGCAAGAACCGGAGCGAGACCUGGGACGCCUUCUGCUACCGGAGGAAGGAGGUGGUGUGUGAGUGUAAGCCCGGCUACGUGGGAGACGGUUUCAGCUGCACAGGAAACCUGAUGCAGGUCCUCCAAUCCACGCCCAGCUUCUCCAACUUCCUCACACAAAUCCUGAACAGCUCUCAGCUGUCACAGGUGGGGCGGCAGUUUGUGAAGCGACUCAGCAACCUGACCGUCCAAUCCACUCUGUUCGUUCCUGAGAACAGCGGUCUGCCCGACAACCAGACCCUGUCUCUGAGGGACCUGGAGUUCCACCUGUCAGAGGGCCGGGCUCUUCCUCUGAGCCACCUGAAGAACGGGAGCCGGAUCCGGACUCGAGUUGGAACCCUGAACGUGCUCGGAGUCUCCGACCUGCUGAACCCCUCCACCAUGUCAUCCCGGUACAUCAACGAUCGCUUCGUCACCGACUCGGACAUCUUGGCUUCAAACGGCCUGAUCCACGUCCUUCAGGGCCCGCUCAGAGCGCCCCCCACCCAGCACCGGAUGCCGGUGGCCCACCAGGCGGGCGUGGGGGUGGGCGUGGUGCUGCUGGUGGUCCUGGUGCUGACCGUCCUCUUCGUCGGCUUCCACUUCUACAAAUACAACACCAAGCCGUUCCACUUCCACUACUUCAAGGACGAGGGGGAGGAGGAGGAGGAAGAGGAGGAGAAGGAAGAGCAGGGAAGAUCGCCAGCAGUGGGAGGUCGCAGCAUCUGUAACCCGGUUUAUGAAGCGGCUCCAGAACCAGCCGAGUCCAAACCAGUGGAGAGCAGCAAUGAGGAGGACCGACAGGAAGUGAACGGAGUUGUGUACGACCUGCUGCAGGACUGCUGAGCUGCUGGACCCUCUUUAUGACGGACUCAUGUUUGAAUAUUUCACUGAAGAUCUAUACUGCGUUCAGGUGCCUCUGGUCAGAGUCAGGGAUGGUUCGUUUCAGGACAUCUUAAAGAAAAGUAUCUGAUUUAAACCAAAGCUAUGAAUGAAGUUUGAAUCUGUGGAGUCAAAUGUUGAUUAAAAUAUGUUGAAAAUA